GCGCAGGCGGUGGUGCAGCGCUGGGGAAAAUGAGCGAGAGGUGCAGAGGAGGCGAUCAAUGAAGGCGCGGAGAGCUCCUGCGCGUCUUGGCAAGGUCGGAGCCGAGCGUGGAUGAGAUUAUGUCCGAGUGGCGACGGCAAGGACGGACUUUUCUGCUUCCUCUCCGGGGAUGCCCCCUGAAAAAAACAAAAAAACAACAACAAGAGUUUGUCUCUCAGAGGCGACGAAGAGCCCUUUGCCUCCGUUUGCGCGAUCAUGCUUGAGCCUGUAUUUGUGACAACCUCUUGUCGCUCCCGCCUGGGAGGUGAAGUUUCCUCGCUUUGGACGAUUUGUCGGUUCUGUCGCUCGCUGCCGAGGCUUGCCUAAGGUGAUUUAGAGGCUGCAGCAGCAGCAGCAGCUGCAGCGGGGAAUCCAGCUGUGUUUACUGGACGGUACGCAUCUGCCGCUGUCGCUGUCCAUGGUGCUGAAUCCGGGCUCCAGGAAUGGUGGAGACGCUGAGUAUCGCAGUGAUCGGUGCUCCCGGAGUGGGCAAAACUUCUAUAAUCCGCCAGUUCAUCUAUAACGAUUUCUCGGAGGCAUACACGCCGACCAGGAGCAGAUAUGUAUACAGACCCUCCGUCAUUCUGAACGGGAACAUGUAUGAGUUAAAGGUUUUGGACGUCCCGCCAAUCUCCUCCUUCCCAGCAAGUGCCAGUCAGGAAUGGCUGGAUCUGCGCUGCAGAGGUGUCCGCAACGCCAACGCUUACAUCCUGGUGUACGACAUCUGUUGUGUGGAGAGCUUCGAAUACGUGAAAAUGAUCAGACAGCAGAUAGUGGAGAACAGGGAAGGCAGCAGCAGUGAGGUGCCAAUCCUAGUGGUGGGUAACAAGCGGGAUCUGCAGAGGCAGCGCUUCAUGCCCCGCAGGGCCGUGUCAGUCCUGGUGAAGAAGACGUGGAAGUGUGGCUACGUGGAGUGCUCUGCCAAGUUUAACUGGCAUGUGGUCCUGCUCUUCAAGGAGCUGCUGGGCAUCGCCGUGGCACGGGGCAUGCGCCAGAACCAUACCUCCACCCGUCUGCAGGGGGCGCUACAGAGGAAUCGGUGCACAGUCAUGUGACCCCUAGAGCUUCCUCCACCCCUUCUCACGUCUGUGGUGGAGCAGACCCUGGAGAAAAGGACUCUUUAUCGUAAUGGCUGGAAAAAUACCCCGUGGCCUCCUGCUUAACUGAGCUGAUUUUUCAUGAGGUUUAUUUAACUCUGCGCUGUAACAGACUCUGAAAUUCCACCCAUGCUCAUCCAACCACUUCCUAGUCUAAACCUGUGUAGAAAGGAGGAAGCCGAUAGAAGCAACGGCAACUUGAGAUCCAACAGAGUUAUGUUUUCACACAUCAGCUGGAAGACUAAACAUUUCAGACCGGGUCUCCGAAUGUAACACGACUCAUACAUCUGGUCUGUAACUGGGCCAGACAGCAUGAAAGCUGUGUUUGUAAGACUCAAAACCAGAGAGGCAGCAAUAUUAUUGAGUCUUCCUUUUGGAUUUGUCAUAUUCAGGAUGGUGAAAUGGCACAAGUACAGAUAUGACGCAUUAGGAUUUACUUCGAGAUACAAGGCCAAUAAUCCACAAUAGAAUAUGACAAAGAUAAAGAAAAAUCAAAGGUGCACGUCACUGAAUAUGAUCUAAAAGAUUAUUUGUUUCGGUGGUUUAAUUCAAGAAGGAAAACUCAUCUAUCACAAAGAUUCAUUACACAAAGACUGAUAUAUUUCAAGUGUCUUAUUUUCUUUCAAUUUUAAGAAAGUUUGAAUAUUGCACGAGAUUGAUUGAAAAGAUUUUUAAUGCAAAUAUGUCAUUCUAAUGAAAAAUAUGCCCUACGUUAUAUAGUACAAGCAUUCAGUGCUUGGUUGGGGCUCUUUUUGCAUAAAUUACUGUAUAAAUGUCACACAGAAUCAAAGUUACCAGCAUGUGGUUCUGCUAUGGUGUUGAGGAAGUCCAUGUUGCUUUAAUAGUGACCUUUAGCUUAUCUCCAUUGUUGGUUCUUGUGUCUCUUAUCUUUUUGUCGACAAUAUUAAGAAGUUUCUCUUUGGUGUUUAGGUCAGUCAUAUUUUGAUUAUUUAAGCAGGUAUUGCUACUUUCAGCAGUGAUACCAAUGCCAAAUCCUCCUGAAAAAUUAAAUUAUUUCCAUAAAGCAUGUCAGAAUAGGGCAUUAUGACUUUGGAUUUAAGUAAACAGUGAACCAAACCCAGCAGAUGACAUGGCACCCCAUAAUAGCCACUACCUCUGGGAACUUCACACUGAAUUUCAAACAUCUUGGAUUCUUUGCCUCUCAUCUCUUCCUCUACAAUCUGGAACCUAAAUUUUCAAAUGAAUUUCAAAAUUUGCCUUCAUCUAAACAGAGGACUUUGGAUCAGUGAGCAACAGUCUAGUCCUUUUUCUACUCAGACUAGACAGGAUGCUUCUGUCAGGAGUGGGCUCAUAUGUUUUUCUUCUUUUGGACACGGGAUACAAGCGUCUUAGUUCACAUCUUGAGUACCUGCUUAUAUGACUGGAGACUCUUAUAGCAUUAACUUUGACUGCAGUCUACAUCUUGUGAAUCUUUCCUGAACUCUUGAAUGGGCUUCACUUUACAAUUUUCUCAAGGCUGUGUGGAGAAUUCAUCCGUUCUCCAUGCUAUGCUAAGUAUGAGGUUGAAGAAGAGUCAAUGAGUUGAAUUCAUGAAUUCAAUUUAUUAAUACCAAAAUACAGCUGGUCCAUUUUUCAUGCUACCUUUAGGAGUUAGCAGGACAAAAUGGCAACAAGUAACAGUUGGUAACUUCCUUUGUGUAUGCAGGUAUCUGUCUAAGCUACACCCUAAAGAGGGCGUUCCCAAGUGUGUCAUUUCCUCUUCCCUUAACUUUGAUGGCGUUUCCUAACAUGUAAUUUCCUUUAGCUUUAGCUUUGCAGCAAGUUAAAAGAGACAAAAGAAAAACACGGAAUUACUUAUUCUCAACAGCUGAAAGAUAUUUCUUUAGCUUGUGCACUGCUCUCAGACACGUUUUUUCAUUGCACUCAACUUUCCAUUAAAUGCUUGGAUGCAGCGUUCUACGAACUGCCAACCUUUACGGCUUACUUUCCAGUCAUUGUUUGUUGAACAACAAUCACGACCACACCAACACAUUUCUGUACCAGAAAAUUAAUUUCGUAUUGCUGUUUAGUUUACUUCAUUUUUUGAGAAGCAAAAGUUUUAAUUUUUAUUUGAUGUAAGCUAUAAUCAGCCAAGUUGACCAAACUGAAUGCUUGAAAUAUAUCAUCCAGAAUAUAGUGAAUCUUUGUAAUGUACAAAUUCCACUGCUUUAAUUGAAUUGCUGCAAUAAAUGAAAUCUUCUAGAAAGGUUUUCUUAAAAUGUAUAUAGUUAUGACUAGAUGGUAUUUUAUUUUAGGUCUGAUGAAUUAACCUGCAAUAGACAUUCUUUACAGAUUAGGGUGAAGGUUGUUCGUCCCCAGCAAGGGUGUUUUAAGAUAGUCUUUCAGCAGAAAAUACUGAAGUCCCUUAUGACAAACUGUGCAGCUUUAUACUACUGUCUGUCCUCACUCAGACUCUGUUUCUGCGGAGUAUAUUGACACCAGGGACGUACGGACAUGCAGGAGCAUAAAAUAAGAACCUGUGCUAGCAUUGUGUAUGUGUGUGUGCUUAAUGUACUUUAAUUGUGGGCCCUGACAGAUUUGUGGGGACCAAAAUUCUGGGCCUCUUGAUGGUAGGUGUUAAAGUGUAUGCAGGUAUCUAUGUGUGAAGGAGAAGGCAAGCCAAGGCAAAGUGUGGCGGUUUAAUAACUGACUUUCAGGCAGGUAAAGGACAAACACAGGAAGAUAGGGAAACAGAUGUUGAUGCUUUGGAUUAGAAUGGAGCAAUAAACCCCUGAAACGAUGCCCUCAACCGACUUCACACCAAUAUAUUGUAUUGAAAAUGCCUCUUGCACUCGCUGUAAUCCAAUGUGCAAUGCACUGCUGCAGCCUAUAAAAGUGCAUAAACACGGCUCAGUGGCUCCUACAUCCAGGAUGCAAAUGGAUCAUUACUAAAGCUUUAACAUCACUCUCGGAAUAGUGUCAAAAUGGCGAUGUUGUGAGCAACUCUUAUUUUUUUUGACUAGAUCAAGGGAGGUACUUUGAGAACACAGCUGACCAAUUUGUAUAUAAGAAAAGCUCCAGAGGGAUCAUCUUGCAUGCUAUUGUUGGUCAAAUCCAACAGGUCAGGGUUUAAUUGCACUGAUGUGAAAAUGUGAUCUUGUGUUUAAUUAUUUUUUUGUACUACAUGGUUUCCUGGCUCCACAGUGAGCAGCUGAGUGUAUGAAUGUUAUCAUUUUUCAAAGGCACGUGAGAGCACAAGCUCAUGAUUUCCUCCAAAUGUAGUGCUAAUUCUUCAGCGGGGCCAGAUGGUUGCAUUUUUUGUAGUAGUACAAAAAAAAUGAGAGAAAUAUGUAGCAGAGAAAUGAGAAAGCAACUGUGUGUAGCAUGAGUUCCCAUCAGUUUGUGUGUGUGUUUCAGAAUAAAAAGGGCUAAUGUUUGUUUCUGAGUUUUCAAUCUGAAACCUUAUCUUUAUUUUUAAGGUGUUGGUACUCUUGAGUAUUUUGUUUUUCUUUUUUGACACAUGAUAAAUAAAUAAAUAAAUGCAUUUGAGAACGGCAA